AAUGUCUCUGGCUCAACAAAGAAAAGGGAAGAGGGAAAAUGUUGCAGCUAAACAGUGUGAGCCGGGUGAGUAGUUCCCCUCAAAACCCUAAACUAUGGCUUCCCCAGUAUAACAGUCUCUGCUUACCAAAAAGUAUCUCAUUGAACAGUAAAACUUCAAGCACCGAGAAGAAGAAAACUUUGGGAGUGAAGUGCCAGUACUACGACCAGCAGCACAAGACCUUCACAACUCCGUCACGCCCCUCUCCUUCCUCUGCUCCUCCAGUUGGAGAAUCACCGCCUAAGGUUUUCGUGGGCCAUUCGAUAUACAAAGGGAAGGCUGCUCUUACUGUAGAGCCUCGGUCCCCAGAGUUUUCCCCAUUAGAUUCAGGGGCAUAUAAACUGGUCAAGGAAGGCUUCGUGCUAUUGCAGUUUGCUCCUGCAGCUUCUGUUCGUCAAUAUGACUGGACCAGAAAGCAGGUAUUUUCGUUGUCAGUGACAGAAAUUGGGCAUCUUGUAAGCCUUGACGCAAAAGGUUCAUGUGAAUUUUUCCAUGAUCCUAAUAAGGGAAAAAGUGAUGAAGGUAAGGUCAGGAAGUUGUUGAAGGUAGAACCACUUCCAGAUGGUUCUGGUCACUUCUUUAACCUCAGUGUUCAAAACAAAGUUUUGAAUAUAGAUGAGAACAUAUACAUUCCAGUGACCAAGGCAGAGUACACUGUCCUCACCUCUGCUUUUAAUUAUAUCUUGCCAUACCUCCUGGGCUGGCAUGCCUAUGCAAAUUCCAUAAAACCAGAUGACAGUAGCCGUGGAAACAAUGCCAGUCCAAGAUAUGGGGGAGAUUAUGAAUGGAGCAGGUAGCGAACAUCAGCAUUGCUUAGAACAAUGGUGUAAAUUGGUUAUAUUUCACCAGUUUUUAGCUUUGGUUUGUAUCAAUGGUCAGUAGGAGAAUGUUUUCAGAAAUUUUGAUGAGAUUUUGGUGUCCUUAUUUUGUAAUGAAAAAACACUGCAUUUCUAAGAUUGUAUGAUUUUUUAGGAGGAU